AAGGCAAGAUUACCUGGUUUAAUUGCACUUUUAAAUAAUAAACUGAUUAUUUUCGUUCUUCAUAACAUAUGAAUUAUGUAUAUAUUGAAUUUCUUUCAAAUACCAAGUCCAUACUUCAUAAACAUAUUGACUUUGCAAACACAAUAAAUAGAGUGUAAACAAUAAACCGAAGCUCGUGGCAACAUGACUCCCAGAGCUCCGCCUCCGAGAAAGCUUUCUCCGCCCACAGAAUUCAGGCAGGUAUAAAACUAGCCACGUGUGGACUUGGGAUUUUAUCCUCACGAACCUCACUGAACUGAACUUGAGAUUUACCGUAAACGAAGCCACAUCUGAGUCAUGUUUUCCACACUCGUCGCUGCUGCCCUCGUGGCUCUUGUCGCUGCUGACGGCAUCCCAGAUUUCGUUGUUCCUGGAAGAUGCGCUAAAGUGGCCAACCAGGACAAGUUCGAUCUUCGCAAGUACUCCGGCCGUUGGUAUCAGACCCAGAUCAUCGAUAACGCCUACCAGCCAUACACUCGCUGCAUCCACUCCAACUACGACUACUCUGACUCUGACUACGGCUUUAAGGUGACCACAGCUGGAUUCAGCCCCAACAACGAGUACCUGAGACUGCAAGGCAAGAUCUACCCCACAAAGGACUUCCCAGCUGCCCACAUGCUCAUUGAUUUCCCUACUGUUUUCGCCGCUCCCUACGAAGUGAUCGAGACUGACUACGAGACGUACUCGUGCGUGUAUUCCUGCAUCGACUGGAACGGCUUCAAGUCCGAGUUCGGCUUCGUCUUCUCCCGCACCCCACAGACUUCCGGUCCAGCGAACGACAAGUGCGCCUCCGUCUUCCGCAAGAAUGGAGUCGACUUCGCCUUAUUCAAUGACGUUGCUCAUACGGCCGAAUGUGUCUACAGAGCAUAAACACACGAUUCGCCAUAAACAUUCUAAUUGUAUCUACAACAGAUACCAUUUUUUAUUUUAAACUGACAAAUACUUGCCAGAUGUUGGGUAAUGCGUGCGUGAAUACAUCCUAAAUAAAACUAUGUAUAUAUUCGAUA